AUGGUUGAACAAACUGCCCAAUUCAUUCUCAGCCAUUUGAGCUCCCGCAAGAAUCACUUUGAUAGCCGGCGACUUCCGAGCCCUCCUCUCUUUGUGGGCGUGCAAGGUCCUCAAGGAGCAGGAAAGUCAUAUCUGAGCCAGCUGCUCCCUGCCUACCUCGAACAACAGCAUAGUCUGCGCGUCGCCACCUUCUCCCUGGACGACUUCUAUCUCUCACACGACGCCCAGCAAUCCCUCGCUCUCAACUCCAAACCCCUGAACCCUCUUCUGGCUGGAAGAGGGCCAGCAGGUACCCAUGAUCUUCCUCUCCUAAUUCGCACUCUGGAUGGGCUGAAAAACAUAAACGAAAAGUCUGCUGCUACCUCCUCCGAGCCAGAGCGUACCGUCACGCUUCCCACGUACGACAAAUCACUCUUCCACGGCCAAGGCGAUCGCUCAGCCAAAGGCGUCACAGUGAGAGGCCCUGUCGAUGUGGCUAUCUUUGAGGGCUGGAUGAACGGUUUCGGAGCUUUGCCGGAUGAAGAGCUAGCUGCUCGAUAUGCAGCGGCCAGUUCUCCCUCCGCCGAUGACACUCCUUCGACCCUUGUCAAAUAUUCCAAGGCGACACUUGACGAUAUCAACGAGAGCUUGCGAGACUAUGAAGAUGUUUGGGACGCGAUCGAUUGCUUUGUGCAGAUCCGACCGCUAGACAUGUCAUUUGUGUGGGAUUGGAGGCUUCAGCAAGAGCACAACAUGAAGGCAGGUAAUGGAGGUGUGGGAAUGUCUGAUGAAGAGGUACGGCAAUUCAUCGAUCGCUAUAUGCCCAGCUAUGAGCUGUUUCAAGACGGUAUUGAUAACGAGUCGACAACGUGGCAUGGUAAGGGUCUUCGGUUCUGGGUAGACAGUCAUCGUAACAUCGUCAAGGUCGAAAAGUUUUGA